CAAUUCUGUAUUAGCUAAUAAACUGUUACAAUAAAAGGACUGGUUCAUUAUAGAAACUGUAGUGCUUGGACUAGAAAAGAGUUGAAGACAAGUACACUCCAAGACCCGAGAAACAUGAAGACUGUGGCCCUUCUUUGUCUUUGCUUCGUAUGUUUCAGUUACAGUUUGGCAAUCAGCUCUGUGGAAGAUGUGUAUGAAAAUCUUUGGGAGAAGAAUAAAGACAUUGCCAAUAAGACAAUCGGGGUGGAUUUCCUGAGACAAAUGGAAAGAGGCAGUCUUCAGGCAGAGCGAUAUGUCAACUUCACCAUACAAGACAUCAGCUAUCUACUUAAAGUGACCAAGAUGUUGAAGAAAAUGAGCAUAAAAGUAACUAAGCCUGAUGAUCUCAGGGACUUUAUGAAAGGCAGAUACUCAAGUUACAAAAGUUUUGCAGAAGUAAUGCUCAGUCAAUACUUUUUUAAGGGAGAGCCUGCCAUUCAGCAAACUCCAGCUAUGAGGAAGUAUUUGUCAUUCUACAGAGAGCUGAUGAAAGGAGAUCCGUUGUACUUUGCUGUGGGUCUUCUGCCCUGCUCUAGACUUUGGAUGUGGCUGGCUAAUAAUCUGAACAUCCUUCCAACCAAUGCCUACUACACCUGGAGGUCAGACAAUAUGAAUGGCCAUCCUGAGAAGCACUACAAAGCUCUGCUGAACAAGUAUCUAAACACACCUGAAAAUGUGGCAAAGGCUAAUUUUGUUUUCCGUACACAAAUGCAAAAUGAGCAUGAUUUCUUCUUCACAUCUUGAUUGUUUCUACCAGUAUAAGCAAUAUUGAGAUAAAAAUGAUAUGAUAAAAAUGAUUUAAUGAUUAAAAAUAAUGAUUUUCCUUUGCAUCAUUAGUUCCUUGUUAAAGUAAUCAGAAACUCUUUUAAUAUACAGUACAUGGCAUAUAUUAUAUAAUGCCUUUGCAUGUUAUCUUUGAUAGUAAGUUUUUCAAUUAAAAAUAGAGAAAAUCUUAUUUAAACAAAACUACUCAGAAUGACUGUUGGGGAGUUUUUACUGCUUCUUUCUCAAUCUCAAUGUCAAUAUACAAUAAACUGUUUCAGGCUUAA